GAUGCCAUCCGGACCCUGAACACCCUCCAGACCAAUGCCAAUUACCUGGAGCAGGUGAAGCGGGAGCGAGGAGACCCCCAGGUGCAGCUGGAGGCCAUGAAAGGCUUCUUGGAGCGAAGUGGGUUAAAGGUCGAAGACCUGGAUCAACUGAACAUUAUCCACGUAACUGGGACAAAGGGCAAGGGCUCGACAUGUGCCUUCACGGAGCGUAUCCUCCGCAACUACGGCCUGAAGACGGGCUUCUACAGCUCUCCCCACCUGGUCCAGGUGCGCGAGAGGAUCCGCAUCAACGGGCAGCCGAUCAGCAAGGAGCUCUUCAGCAAGUACUUCUGGCAGGUGUAUAACCGGCUGGAGGAGACCAAGGACCCUGGCCACGCCAGCAUGCCCGCCUACUUCCGCUUCCUCACCAUCAUGGCCUUCCACGUCUUCCUGCAGGAGAAGGUGGAUCUGGCUGUGGUGGAAGUUGGCAUUGGGGGUGCCUACGACUGCACCAACAUCAUCAGGAAGCCGAUCGUGUGCGGGGUCUCCUCUCUGGGGAUCGACCACACCAGCAUCCUGGGGGACACCAUUGAGAAAAUCGCCUGGCAGAAAGGGGGCAUCUUCAAGCCUGGUGUGCCGGCGUUCACAGUGCCACAGCCUGAGCGGCCCCUGGAGGUGCUGCGGGAGCGAGCCAGGGAGAGCCCGUGCCCGCUUUACCUGUGCCCUGACUUGGAGGCCUUCGAAGAGGACGAUAAGGCACUUCAGCUGGGGCUGGCAGGCGAGCACCAGCGAUCCAAUGCCACUCUAGCCCUGCAGCUCUCCCGGGCUUGGCUGCAGCAGCAGGGGUAUCAGGGUACUGGGGAGCUGAAGGACUUGCAGCCAGGCGCGGAGCUACUAGGCAAGAGACCUGUGCUCCUGGCACCUGCAUUCAGGCCCAGCGGCUCCAUGGUGCAGGGUUUACAGGACACGGAGUGGCUGGGCCGCACCCAGGUGCUGCAGCACGGGGCGGUGACGUGGUUCAUCGACGGGGCUCACACCACCAGCAGCGUGCAGGCCUGUGUGCGCUGGUUCCGCCAGGCAGCCCUCAACGAGGAGAAGCCUGUGGACGGCUCCGAGGUCCGGGUGCUUCUCUUCAACGCCACGGGGGACCGGGACAUGGGUGCGCUGCUCAAGCUGCUAGUGCCCUGCCGGUUUGACUACGCCGUCUUCUGCCCCAACUUCACGGAGGUGUCUGCGGUGGGGAACGCAGACCAACAGAACUUCAACGUCACCCUGGAGAACAUGCUGACCCGCUGCCUGGAAAACCAGAAGAAGUGGAACCGGCUGAUGGAGGAGAAGGUGGGGCAGGACCUCUGGCUGUCUCCCCCCAUGCAGGUGGAGGGGGUGGGCGGUCUGCUGAAGCCAGACCCCUUGCGCGGCCCCCUGCUCUUCGUGCCCUCCUCCGAGCGCCCUCUCAACUCCAACUCGCUGGUGUUCCCCUGCAUCUCUCACGCCCUGCAGUGGAUCACCCAGGGCAGGGACCCGCACUUCCAGGCACCCGCCACCAAGGGGCUCCACCUGCACCCCGUGGCGGGCACCGGCGCUGUCUUGCUCAAGGAAGCGGCUGCCAUCCGCGUGCUGGUCACGGGAAGCCUGCACCUGGUGGGCGGUGUCUUGAAGCUGCUCGACCAAUCGCUCUCGCAGUAGCAGGUGCCUGUGGGCGGAGCCUCCGUGCCGCUCUUUGCUGUUUACUUGAAUAUUCCCAGGCACCUUUUACCAGGUGUUCCCUGAGCCUGCUGCCCCCCGAGUGGGAUGCUUCCGGCUCAGGGGCUGGGCACUGCACGUGCUGCUGGGGUUCUCCUGCUGAGACCUUCGCGGCAGCUGGAUCCACCCCUAGGACUGGAAUUGGUACAGCCAGCGUCCACACCCCGGCACCGGGAUCUCGUGCUGAGCCCCUCACGGCAGCGCCAGCCGCACCCUGGCACCAGGACUCUCCCGUUCAGCCUCAGGCCACCCCCCUUCCCCCCCGCAGCAGGAUCCUUUCGUCAGUGCCGGGAUUUGGUCACUGCCCUCAUGCUGGUGGGGUGAUGGGCACCUUCCCUGCAGGCCUGGGGGGCCUGGGGUGAGGACCCAGCAGCUGAUCUCAGCCCUCAGGGCAGCCCAAGGGGACUGGCUACACCGUACAUUUACUUGAUGUUCCGUGGCGCUGCCCUUCCCGGGAGCUCACCGUCCCUGGCCUGGCCAAGUAGAGACAGGCGGGGAGCUCUUGCUAGGCCGGGGUGGAAUUCCUGGUCUCUGGGUCCCACGGGGGGCUGAGGAGGGCAGUGUUCAUCUGCCAUGGUGAGGCCUUCCCCCGCCAGGCAUUCAGAGGGAGGCGUGAGCCUCACGGGCAGACACCCAACUGAGCAUCAGCCUCCCUUGGCUGGUGCGUUGCCUUUACUGGGAGCUGCCUCAGCCCCCCGCUGAACGAGUCGUCCCCCCCCCCC